AAUGAAACACAUUAGCACAUCUAAUUUUUUACACGAAUGACUAAUUUCAUUAAUAGAACCACUUAUUCAAACAAAAUGAGCAGAACCUAACUAUAUGUUUAGUUGUGAGAGACAGAACAAUCUUUUGUAAUUAUUAAUCACCAAACAGCAAACCCAUUAAAACGACGUAGCCAGCUACCCACUUCACAAAACCAGACAAACAGCCACUGUCCCCCCCUUUUCUGUUUCUCCCAACCAAAAAAGAAACACUCCUUUUCCCUUUCUUUCUUUCAUUUCACUCUUUGCACCCCCACCACAAAAACCAAAACCCCCCUUUCACUCCUUUCUUUCUCAUACACUCACCAUCAAUGGCAGAACAAGACGAACACGAAGAAAUGAGGAAGCUAUUUUCAUCCUACAUAGGUCUAAGCUUCUCUGUCUUCUUAGCGUUGCUUCCAACAAACCUUCGAGAACAUUCUCAACGCACCAUUCGUGCAGAAGAAGAGCUACGUCAGCUAAAAUCACGCCGGCAAGAAGACUACAAAGCAAACGCAAGAGUCGCUGAGAUCUUCGCUUCACACAGAAACUCAUGGCGCGAUGAGGAGAAGCGUCUCUUACGGCGAAUCGACGCCGCGUCGGAGGAGAUCGUGAGGUUGAGAGCGGUGGUGGAAGAUUCUAAGGCGCGUGUGGAGGAUCUUGAGCGUGAGGUUGUUGAGAGAGAUGAGAUGAUUGGGUUUAUUUCGAGAAGGUUUCAAGAGGAGGAGGGAUUGGGUGGGUGCGGGAGUAGGGAAGAUAUGGUGGGGAACACUGCUGAGGAAGUUGAUGUUAUCUAUCAACAACAACAACAACAGCAGCAGCAUAAUCAGCAUCUUCCUAAUGGGUUUGAUUCUGAGUUUUCUGGUGGUUCUAAGUUCUGGGCUGAGAAAGCUUCAUUAUGGCAGGAUGUACAAUAUGAAUCCCUUGAAUCAAUGUAUAAUACGAAACAGUUUGUAGCAAGGGAGUCCCCCUGGAAGGUAGAUGGCGAUUCAGCUGGAGUUUCCUCUAAACUUAAACUACUUGAACAGGAAUUAUUAAAUCUGGAUAAGAUUGGUAAGGAUGUUCCGUCCAAGGUAUCAUCCUCGAUAAAGAAGCAGGCAAAGAGAUAUCAAUCACUUUCAGAAAAAAUUGACGAGUUAUGCAGACGAAUAGCUAGUGAUCCGUGCGAACCCUCCCUCAGUUCAGAAUUUCGAACCCAAACUCAAACAGAGUUUUUACUGGAAGCAUUCCGGCUUCAACAGGAUGCAUCUGAAACUGCACAGAAGCUAAUGGCAUUGCAUACUGAAGUUGGGAAAUCCCAUUACAAGGAUGAGUUGAGAGGGGAGAUAACACUAACCACAAGACGGUCUAUGGACUCGAUUCGGAACAACUUCAGAGAACUCCAGCGAAAUCUGGAGAUAUGGUUGGCCAGAAUAAUUGGCGAUCUUGAGGGGAUUCUGGCAAGGGACGGUGCAUCUCGUGUAAGAGAAUAUUACAUUUCUAGAUAUCCUUUUGUUCAAUAGAAUCGGAGACUGGUAGGAAACCUCACUUGCUCAACCUAACAAGUUAGCUCUUUUGAUAUGUAAAUUGUUGAAGUACAUAAAAGUGGUAGUUGGAUAUUCAUGGGAAAUGUAAUCAUACCACAUUUGCUAAUAUUGCCAUCUUGAAUAUAUGCUCUUCUUCACACCCCA